GUCAAACAAAUGGCAAACAAUAGGUUUUGAAUGAAAGUCACGUAAAAUUUAAAGAGUGUAUCGAGACGUCGAUUAUGUAGUGAACAAGUGUUGACUCAAACACUCAUUUCGUUUGCAAUUUGUUUUGAUUUUGAAAAAAACGACCGAAAAAUCAAAAAAUGUUUUUACGAUUUAUUUAUCGGUUUUAAUGUGUUUUUUAAAUGACGACAACUUUUAACACAAUUAUAAUUACAUUAAAUUAAUUAAUAAUAUAUUGUUUGCCAAACAAAUGGCAGAACUGAAGAAAUGCGCCAACGAUUUCAUCUUCACGGGCUUCUUAGGCGAGGGAUCCUUCUCUACCGUAUAUUUGGCAAAAGAGGUUCAGUCGAGUCGUGUCAACAAUAGAGAGGUUGCGAUCAAAGUGUGCGAAAAGCAGUUAAUCCGGAGGGAGAAGAAGAGUUCCGCUAUUCUUCGUGAGAAGAAAUGUCUUCACACACUCACCACAAAUCCGUCGAAAUUAUUCAUUCAACUCUUGUGCACAUUUCAAGACAAUGACAGACUCUUUUUUGUCAUGAAUUACGCCAAAAACGGCGAAUUACUGUCACUUAUCAACCAAAGGGAUGUCUUCGACGAGAACUGUUGCCGUUUUUAUGCCGCAGAGAUCCUCUUGGCUUUAGAGCAUUUGCAUAAAUUAGGGAUUGUCCACAGAGAUUUAAAGCCCGAAAAUAUACUAUUGAAUGAGGAAAUGCAUAUUCAAGUGACUGAUUUUGGUUCCGCUCUUAUCAUGAGAGACAACGAGAGCGCCGAACAACAGCCGCAGCGACCGCUUCCCGAAUCCCAGGCCUCUGUCGACGACCAAAACAAUAGGCGUCGGAGGAACUCAUUUGUGGGAACCGCUCAUUACGUGUCGCCCGAAAUGUUGAACAACAAGAUCUCGACGCCGAGCUCUGACUUGUGGGCGUUUGCGUGUAUUUUGUAUCAAAUGAUUAGCGGUUCCACACCUUUUCGAGCGCCGAACGAAUAUUUAAUAUUUCAGAAAAUAAUUAAUUUGGAGUUUGAAUACACGGAUGACUUCAGCGAUGCGUCCAAAAGUCUAAUUACGAGUAUUUUGCAAAAGAAUGCCUGCAAUCGGUUGGGCGCUAACGAUGACAUACAACGAGACGGCUAUUUGUCUAUCAAAUCGCACCCAUAUUUCGCUCCUUUGGCUAAUAAAUGGGCGAAACUUGAGGAGACGACUCCCCCGGUGUCGGCCUCAGUGGUGGUCAACAAGUCCGCCGCUCGCAACGAAAACCACAGUUCCAGCGCCACAGAGAACGUUGAGCCCGGAUUGGCUGAGAAGCAAAUCACUCGUAUCAUGGGUUUAGCACUUCAUGAGGAUUUCGAUCGGACGACCAUUAAUGCAAAACCCGUCGGAAUUCUCGAUAUAUCGACACAAGAGAUGCACAAAAGACUCGAAACACAACGAAAGAGCAAUGAAUUUCACCAAUUCGUUGACGAAAACCUAAUACUAAAACAGGGAUACAUUGAGAAGAAGAAAGGGCUGUUCGCACGCAAACGCAUGUUUUUGCUGACCACUGGUCCGCACCUGUAUUACGUGGACGCGGCAAAUAUGGUGCUCAAAGGACAGGUGCCCUUCUCGAAGGACAUGAGACCCGAGGCAAAGAACUUCAAGAAUUUUUUCAUCCAUACUCCCAACAGGUCUUAUAUACUGGAGGACACGUCGGGAAACGCUCCCGAUUGGUGUAAAAUCGUGGAAGAGGUUCGAGAGGCGACAUACGGGCCGCCAUCGCAACCCGACGAAAGCCCAACCAAUACAAGUUCUCGUUUGUGUAACUCUAAUGUAUCGCUUCCUCAUCUCAACAAUAGCUCUCAUCCAUCCAUUCCUCAUACUAUACGCUACUAA